CUCCCCUGGACUCCGCCGGGUCGCUGAGUCGCGUCUCCCUCGUGGCCGCAAGAUGCACGCGGACGACGUGAGUCCGGGGGCAAAGCGGGUGGGGGGAAAGCUGAGUCGGGGGCCAAGGGGGGCUCUUGCCCAAGGAGCCGCCUCAUUCUUUGAGGGGGAAGAACGUUGGGAGCGGGGACACGCAUUGCCGGGGCUCGGCUGGAUGACCCUUAGGGGUCCCUCCAACUCCGUAGUUCUGAUCGAUCGAAUGAAUGAAUUUAUAUACCCGGAGGUCUCAGGGCGGCUCACAGAAUAAGAUCAAAGUACAAAACCGCAAAAUGCAUAAUCAAAAUUAAAACAACCACCCAAUACCCACCCACCCUACCAGUUCUGCUUCUGUGCCUCCCCGGUCGUCUUCCCGUGUAAUAAUAAUAAUAAUAAUAAUAAUAAUAAUAAUUUAUACCCCGCCCAUCUGGCUGAGUUUCCCCAGCCACUCUGGACGGCUCCCUAUCAAGUGUUAAAAACAAUGCAGUGUAGAAUUUUGCACGUGGAAGGUUACCCUUGAGCGUGCACAGAGUGCCAUUUCUCCAUUGCAGAUUCCACAAGUGUGUCUGCCUGUUGGUUUGUGAGUGAGUGAGUCGGUGAGAGUAUAGAAAGCUCCCUUAGUCAAGUGGGAAGCUCACCGUGUUUCUCUCCGGAUGUGGUUGGAACUACAACUCCCAUCUUCCCUAGCUAGCAGAACCUCUGGUCCGGGAUGAUAGGAGCUGUGGUCCCAAGUUUGAGAAACAGCGCCUGAUCUUAGCUGAAGGAUGGUGGCUCUGAGACCUUUUCCUGUAGAUGUCAGGACUGAACCAGAGUCCGACUGAAUGACCCCUGUCACAGACGCAUGUACUUUCCCGUACUGGGUAUUCUCACAUGCAUCACAUCACAAGCAGGGCUGGGGAACCUGUGGCCCCCCAAAGAUGUGGUUGGCAUUCCCACAUUCCCUCCACUCCAGCUAGCAUGGCCAGUGUCAGGAAUGGUGGGAGUUGUAGCACGCCAACCUCUGGAGGCCCCCAGGCCCCCAUCUGUGCAUUGAAGGCUCAGUCGCUGCUGGGAAGGACCUCUGCUUGAGACACUCAAGAGUUGCUGCAAGGCUGCAAGGCUGCUCCAUCUAUUUCAGCUAAGGUUGUCAAUUCUGCCUUUCCCAACCCUCCUGUUGUGAUCCCUUUAAUAAGACCAGGGCCCAUGUCCAGCUUUCAAGCUUCCCACAGACUUCUGAUCAGUCCGAGGAAUCGGUAGUAAUUUGAUAAAAUGCCAAAAGAGGUGAAAUUAGAGCAAGGUGUUUGCCAUCUGUCCAAAAUUAUAGACAUUUUGGAAGGGACUUUGGAGGCCGUCUAGCAGUCCAAAACCAGUGCUCAAACGCAGGAUCUUCAAUUUAGGUUGCAGCUACAGCAUAUCAGACAAAGAGUGUUGAUGUUUCGGAGCAGGAUAGCAUUGGGAGAAUUACUAACAAAGCUUUCUCUCUUUAUCAGGUUGUCUGGGACACUCUUGGCAAUAGACAGUUCUGCUCAUUUAAGAUCAAGUAAGUAUUCUGCUCCCUUUCCUCUACCUCUUGUUGAAUUUAAGGGCUACAGGAUGUGCUGGCUAGUACUGCCUGGUGUGGGUAGAUUUGGAUCUCAGGAAAAAGAACCAAAGUAAAUAGUGAUUUAAAUUGAGCUUCCCCCUGCCUAAUUUGUAUCUUUCCUGAGCAAGCACGCAUAGAAUCUGAAUAUGUAAAAGGUAAAGGGACCCCUGACCAUUAGGUCCAGUCGUGGCCUUCCCCAAGCAACACCUCCUGGAAUGACUCACCCCGUUGCAGGGAUUUGAACAGCCAACCUUCUGAUUGGCAAGCCCUAGGCUCUGUGGUUUAACCCACAGUGCCACCCGCGUCCCCUCUGAAUAUGUAGGCACACUUAAAAAAAUGUAGAUUUAGAUCAUAUGGUAGUUUCCAGAAGUUGUGGGCUACAGCUUCUAUCAUUCCCGAUAAUUGGGCCUGCUGGCUGGGGCUUAUAGGAGUUGGAGCCCACGCCAUCUGAAGAGGGCUAUGUUAUCUGGUGGCCUCCUGGCCAGUGGUCAAGGAAGAUAGGAGUUUUGUCCAGCAACAUCUGGAGGGCUGCAGGCUCCCUACCCUGAUUUAAGAGGACUGCACCACAUCAAUUGCUGGAUGUUCAAACCAGCCCUUUGCUUGCCUUUGCCUUUGCCAUGCCCCCCUUUAGCCUCCUUGGGGCAUGGCCAGGUUGCUGCUGAGGACCCCCUGCCAACAAUGCCAUUGUUAAAACAUCUGUACUGGCUGCCCAUCUGCUACUGAGCCAGGUUCACGGUCCUUGCAUUAGUUUUUCAAAGCCCUGAACAACUUAGGUCCAGGGUACCUUAGGGAAGGCCUGAGACCUUAUAUCCUGGUUCAGUCACUGCGGUCCUCUGCCGAAGCACCAUUGGCCAUCCCCCAAACUGUUGAGGCACAUCUGUCAGCAACAAGAAGAAGAGCCUUUAGUUUCAUUGGCUUGGUCCGGUGGAAGAUUCAGCAGCUUCCUUGCGUUUAACUGCCCGCUGAAAAUUAUUCUGUGCUGGCAAUUGAGAAGACAUCUUUCUGUUAAUAGAUGGCCUCUGAUUUGUUUUAUUUUUUUAAUGUCGGUUCGAUUGUAUAUAGAUAUUCUUGUUGCAAACCGUUCUGAUAUUUUUUGUGGCAUUGUGGUAUAUAAAUAUGUAUAUAUUUAUAAAUAAAUAAUAAAUGCCAUGUGCCAGCUUGCAUUGUAUAUGGGAAUUAAGGGAAUACGCAGGGAGUAUCCAAAAUCCAAAAUAUUUUUUUGCCUGUGGUUUGAAUGUUUAUCAGAACAUAUCGUCAGGCAGCCUUCCAGAUGCUAUGCUUGCUGGGGCUGGUGAGAGUUAGAAGUACAAAACAUAUCUGGGGGGCGUCAGGUUGGGAAAGGCUGUCCCUAAGACAUCUGACUUUAAACCACCCUGUGCCCAUCAGCUUAAUUCUUCCAGUUCUGUAGGGACAUUCCGUAGUCUGGAUUAGAAUUAAUGUUCUAUGUAAUACAAGGUAUGGAAACGAAUGUUUCAUUCCAAGUCUCUUCCUUGUAGGACGAAAACACAGAGCUUUUGCCGGAAUGAAUUUAAUAUAACAGGCCUGUGCAACCGCUCCUCCUGCCCCUUAGCAAACAGCCAGUAUGCUACCAUUAAGGAAGAGAAAGGUGAGGCUCUUUGCUUUGUUUCCCUCAAUGUUGUACCUGGUUCUCAUCUUUCAUGGAUAGCUCAGUUGGCUAGAGUGUGGUGCUGAUAAUGCUGAGAUUGCAGGUUCGAUCCCCCGGAAGGAGCGGCAUAUUGCAGGGGUUGGACUAGAUGAUCCUGAGAGCCCUUUACUCUGUGAUUCUAAUGGUCUCAUAGGUCUUUGACCUCUCAAGGCCCCUAGAGGGAAGGCUUGGCUUAAAUUUGUGGAAGUGCCUUUCAAACAAUGUGCACAAGCCAUCAAGAGUUAUAAGCACUGCCCAAAGGUUAAAAUGCUGUGAAUAUUAUGCACCGGUAGGAAUUAUCUGAGGGAUGCGGGUGGCGCUGUGGGUAAAACCUCAGUGCCUAGGACUUGCCGAUUGUAUGGUCGGCGGUUCGAAUCCCCGCGGCGGGGUGAGCUCCCGUCGUUCGGUCCCAGCUCCUGCCCACCUAGCAGUUCGAAAGCACUCUUAAGUGCAAGUAAAUAAAUAGGUACCGCUUUAUAGCGGGAAGGUAAAUGGUGUUUCCGUGUGCUGAGCUGGUGCUGGCUCGCCAGAGCAGCUUCGUCACGCUGGCCACGUGACCCGGAAGUGUCUUCGGACAGCGCUGGCUCACGGCCUCUAGAGUGAGAUGAGCACGCAACCCUAGAGUCGGACACGACUGGCCCGUACGGGGAGGGGUACCUUUACCUUUACCUUAGGAAUUAUCUGAGACAAAUCUUAAUGCAUCUGAUGUGACACACAAUAUCGGAGGGUUAAAAGAAAAGAUGAAAGAGCUCUAGCUUAAAAUCAGAGAUGAAGGGUUUGCAAUGACAGUACUGUUUCCAUGCUUGCCUGGUCCCCGUUUAUCCAACGCCUUGCAUCAGACCAUCUUGUGCCUGCUCUGGAGCUCUUCGUAGAUUUAGGAGCACCUGCUCUUCAGCUAGAAGCCUGGUGCUCCAGUAACGUCUGAGCGUUGACCUUGCAUGGUGUGAGCUGUUUGUAUUGUGGCCCGCAUCCUGCAUCUCGUAAACCAAGGCUGCAGCAGACCUCGUGGUGACUAUGCAUAAGCUGCUUUUGUUCCCUUUUAGGGCAGUGUUACCUAUACAUGAAGACCAUUGAACGUGCUGCGUUCCCCAAUCGGCUGUGGGAAAGGGUAAGUCCUCCUUCCAGUCCUCCUAGGGUGGUGUGGGUCUGAUCUGUUUGUUUUUAACUUUUAUGUCUUGGGUUUGUGAUGGUGCCGGGUUUUUCCGUUCAAAGAGUGAUCAGACUUUAAACAAUGGAUGUGUUACGGCUUGUAGGAGAGGCUGCGAUUCCUCUCUGCUGCUGCUACCCAAACAUUCUGAGUUUGAUUGCACAGAUAGCCCUCAUUUCUUAGAAGUAGCUGUGAAUUUAAUGACUUUGAAAGAGGAUCAAGAUGAGUUUUAAUGGAGAAUAAGGCUACAGGUGUCUACUAGCUACAACAUCGAUGUUCAGCCUGUACCUUCAAGGGCGUUGUUUCUUGAUAAUCACAACUGGGAGUUUCACUCAGGCCUUGCUUGUUGAAUUAUUUGUUUAUUUAUACAAAUAUUUAUAUAUCACAAAGUCAUUUUAAAAAAAUCAAAGUGGUUCACAGCAACUACAUAAAACCACAGAAUAAAAACCAUAUAAAGAAGUUAAAAUCAGGAAACACUUGUGGAAAGGUAUAUCAUUAAAUGCCUGCAUAAGCCUGAUGGAAAAAGUUUACAGCAGGUUUUUAAAAGCUGACAUGGAAGACACAAAGGCAUCUGAUUGGCCCCUGUGAAAAAGGGAUUCUUGACUAGCUGGGCCUUUAGUCUGAUGGUUCUUAGGACUAGUGGAUUAACUGUCACCUUCAUAACUAUUACAGUCUUUCUGCAGAACUUAAGCAAGCAAUUUAAAUAAGAACCAGUCUCUAAUCUGCGUGGCCCUAGUCAAGAAAGGACAUCUUAAGCCAGAAUGGAAACUCAAGUUUUUUCAUGGCAAAGUCUGUUUCUCUCUACUUUGCACUGAUGGACCUCUGAGAAUAUAGGAAGCUGCCUUAUACCAAGUCAGACUAUUUGUCCAUCAAGCUCAGCACUGUCUACUCUGACUGGACAUAGCUCUCCAGGCAGUUCAGCGGAGGACUUUCCCUAAUUUAGGGUGGCAAAAACCCGAGAGGACUUCACAGAGCUCCGAAAGGAUCUGUGAACGAGAAAAACAAUGGAAAAACAAUGGCAAAUGAGGACCCACCACAGACUUCUCCCCUUCCUAAUUUUUUGCAGGUCCGGCUGAGCAAGAACUAUGAGAAGGCGCUGGAGGAGAUUGAUGAGAACCUGAUCUAUUGGCCCCGCUUCAUCCGGCACAAGUGCAAGCAGCGCUUCACCAAGAUCACCCAGUACUUGAUCCGAAUCCGCAAGCUGACUCUCAAGAGGCAGUAAGUCAUGGGGCCUUUUCCUGAGUUUUGUUGUCCCAGGCAGACUCGUGCCAACCAGCCGGGAACAGUGGCCACAGUGAUAUCAAAUCCAGCAUAUCUGUCAUUGGGCAGUUUGCCCGUCGCAAAAGUCCACAACAGUCACAUUUGACUUCAGAAAAGAGGCAACUUCCCUGAAAUGAAGGAGUUGCUAUUAAAAAAAGAAGAAGUUGAAAGGGAUUAUUGGGAGAGUCAGGUGUCCCCAGAAUGCUCAGGGGGUUGUUCAAAAGCACUGUAAUAGAAACUCGGCUAGAAGAACAUUUAAAAAGCCCUAGAAAUUGGAGUCUUUUUUCUUAGCUGCUUGUUGACAGUUGCUUUUGCAAAACCACUUCACUAACUUCAUUUUCGCCUUUGUAGGAGGAAGCUUGUUCCGUUAAGUAAAAAGAUCGAAAGGCGUGAGAAGAGGCGAGAGGUAACGUACCUGUCUGUUGCUGUGGUUCCUUGCUGUUUGUCAGUUUAUCUCUAAGUCCAGAGGAAGCACGCAGCUCCUAUAAGGCCUGCUGUUUCUGCCUCCCCUAAUACUCCAGUCAGCACCAGGCAGCAGUGUUUUGGAGCCACCAUUUCAACUUCCCACAAUGCCCCCAGUAGAGCUUUGCUCACCAGCUGCUUCUCCCAGAUCUUGUUGCCUUACAUGGAAACUUAAGAAGCUGCCAAAUACAGAGUCAGGCCAUUGGUCUGCCUAGCUCAGUAUUAUCUACACGGACUGGUAGCAGCUCUCAUGGGGUUUAGGCAGGGGACGUUCCCAGCCCUACCUGGAGAUGCCAGAAAUUGGACGUGGGACCUUCUGCAUGGAAGGUGGAUGUUGUACCAAUGGGCAUUUUUAAAGCAAGGCAUUCCUAACUGCUCAUCUGCAAUCCCAGGUGGAAUAGGAGGGUGGAAAGCCCUCUCAGCGAAGAUGGGAGGAACUAACCUGUUUCCUUUUUUUAAAAAAUAACUUUUUUAUUCAAAAUUAAAACAAAACAUAUUAUCCAGAAACAUAUCAUCCUUAUUCCCCCCCCAUUUUUCCUCCCUCCCCCCACAGAACCCACCCACUCCCACCCCCCGACUUCCCUCAGUUCCAGUCUUUGAUUUCUCUAAAAGUGCUGUUUUCUGCAUGUUACACAGUUGUAUAGAUCCUCAAACUAUUUAGCUGAUUAUUAUCAAUAAAAAGUUUGUGAAUGUUUAUUCAAAGCCAGCCAAGGAGUCCAGUUCGCUUUGUUGCAUCUUCAGAUACUUUGUAAAGGGUUCCCAUUCAUCUUUAAAAUCACAGUUAUCCUUGUCCCGUAGCUUGUAUGUCAGUUUUGCCAGUUCUGCAUAUCAAUUUUUCUUGCCAUGAUUCUUUAGUUGGGGUUUCUUCAGUCUUCCAUCCUUGUGCUACCAGAACUCUCGCGGCCGUUGUUGCAUACAUGAAGAUGCUUUUCAGUUUUUUUGGCAGAUCUUUCCCUACAAUCCCUAACAAAAAUGCUUCAGGUUUUUUAACAAAUGUUAAGUGGAACAUUUUCUUCAAUUCGUUGUAUAUCAUUUCCCAAAAUGUUUUAAUUACCUUACAAUCCCACCACAUAUGAUAAAAUGGCCCCUCCUUCUCCUUACACUUCCAAAAUCUAUUUGAACUAGUUUUGUACAUUUUCCCUAACUGCAUUGGUGUCGUGUACCAUCUGUACAUCAUCUUCAUGUAAUUCUCCUUCAAUAGGGAACAAUCUGUAAAUUUUAAAUCAGUUUUCCAUAAUUUUUGCCAAUCUUCCAUCAUAAUGUUGUGACCUAAAGUGAAGAUGGGAGGAACUAACCUGUUUCCAAAAGACACCCUCCUCCCCUCUUUCCCCCACUCACCUCCAUCCAUCGUGAAAAAUCUUCAUGAUAAAUCCACUGUUUCCUUCCUCCAAAUCAACUCAUCCCUUUGUUUUUGUUGGCCAGGAAAAAGCUCUGAUUGCUGCUCAGCUGGACAACGCAAUAGAGAAAGAAUUGCUGGAGAGACUCAAGCAGGAGACGGUAAGAUGCUGUGAUGCAGUGCAUGCUGUUUGUGCAGGGGUCAAUUAACCAGGUUGCUUCCCAGAAGGCAGUGAAAGAAAUGAAGCAGUACCCAGAUACCUACCUAGGAUCGCCUUGCUGUUAGCUGUAACUGACCUGUGGCACCUGGACCAGCCUUUGCUAGCCUGGUUGCCCCCCGCCCCCAUGUUUUGGAUGACAACUUUGGCUGUUGAGAAUUGUUGCUGGAGGGACAGAAGAGGAUCCCAGGGCCCACUGAAUGGCCUGAUUCUGCAUGAUGCUCAGCAGAUAGCCUACAGGCAGAGGGCCUUUUCGGUGGUGGCACCCACCCUGUGGAACGCCCUCCCACCAGAUGUCAAAGAGAACAACAACUACCAGACUUUUAGAAGACAUCUGAAGGCAGCCCUGUUUAGGGAAGCUUUUAAUGUUUCAUGCUUUACUGUAUUUUAAUAUUUUGUUGGAAGCUGCCCAGAGUGGCUGGGGAAGCCCAGCCAGAUGGGCGGGGUAUGAAUAAUAAAUUAUUAUUAUUAUUAUUAUUAUUAUUAUUAUUAUUACCUUAGAGCCCUGUAUAGCUGAGCCCAAUUUUACAGUGUUCAGCCCUCAGAUCAUUUUCUUUGAGCUCUGCAGCUCAGGGCAGGAUUUUUUUGUGGGGGGGGGGGGAGCCCAGGGCCAGAAUGAGCAGAGAGCCCCCCCCAAUGCAGCGCAGCUGACUUAUCGGAUUUCCAAAUAAGUAUGCAUGUUACCUGUGGGACGCAGGUGGCGCUGUGGGUAAAACCUCAGCGCCUAGGACUUGCCGAUCGCAUGGUCGGCGGUUCGAAUCCCCGCGGCGGGGUGCGCUCCCGUCGUUCGGUCCCAGCGCCUGCCAACCUAGCAGUUCGAAAGCACGUCAAAGUGCAAGUAGAUAAAUAGGUACCGCUCCGGCGGAAGGUAAACGGCGUUCCGUGUGCUGCGCUGACUCGCCAGAUGCAGCUUGUCACGCUGGCCACGUGACCCGGAAGUGUCUGCGGACAGCGCUGGCCCCCGGCCUCUUGAGUGAGAUGGGCGCACAACCCUAGAGUCUGGCAAGACUGGCCCGUACGGGCAGGGGUACCUUUACUUUUACCUAUGCAUGUUGCCACCUUAACUGUACGACUGUUAAGUCCCAUGUCUUAAAAUUACCUAACUGCAGCUAGACUAAUUGCAGCUGGAAAAUGGCUGAAACGUGGGUGGGGUGGGACCACCCAAGCAGGAGUGAAUCCGGCCACUUGUUGACAUCAUCCACUGGCUUCAACUGAUGGGCUGGUGGGAGCAGCUUGGGGGAAGUAGCCUUGCGGGCCAGAAUUCACUUGUGGGAUGGCGGUUCCUUACCCUUGGUUGGGUUAAGAUCAUCCUUAGUGGAAGCCCCAAAGUUAUGGAAUGUGUUGGCUAACGCUGCAGAGUAUUCAUUCCUAUUUUGGUAGGCUAUUGUAUGCAAAGUUGUCUAUGUCUUUAAAUCUGUGGCUUUUUUGUGGAUCAUCUUAUCUAAUCAUCCUUCCUCCUUAAUGUGCUCCCUCUUCAGUACGGCGAUAUCUACAACUUCCCCAUCCAUGCCUUCGACAAAGCUCUAGAACAACAGGAAGUGGAGAGUGAGAGUGACUCGGAUACAGAGAAGAAGGACGAGGAGGAAGAAGUAAUGCUUUUGAAACUCUUUUCCCAGUGCAACUCUCCAGGGCUGGAGGGCAGGAACUGUGCAACUCUCUAUGCGUUGCACAUUUAUACUAAGGAGAAGAAUUGGGUCUGCAAGUUAUUUCUGCCAAAUGGCUUGCAUUCUUGCCAAACAGCACUUAUUACAACUUUCGCACAGUUCUCUGUUCCCUUCCCUAAGCUUUCCUCCUCCAGAAAUAAUGUCAUGGAUGGGGUGGCUAAAUAUUAUUUGCCCGUGCGUUAAAUGUUCAUGUACUUAGGAGACUAGCCCAAGGCCCUGCAUAUGGGACAUCACAAUCAUAGCCAGAGCCUCAUCGCUUGCCAAGAAACCUCAGAUAUAGACUGGCAUUGCCAAAGAAACACAGCUGUUCACUUGGCUGUUACGCACUAUGUAUCAAUUUGUGCUUUGUCUCCUUCCAAGAACUGGGGUUCCAAAAACUUUGGAUUUCAUUGAUCAAGGACUUGGAACUGGAUGAAGGAUCUUAUCAUGUAGACUGAAAUUAGGAAAAAAUAAAAGUGUAGCCACGUGAGAAGGAACACUCCUUCCUUCCCCUUGAUCUGUCAGGAAUGCUGUAAUUGCAUCCUGCAUCGCAAAAUCCUGCAUGGGGGUGGGGGUAUUUGACCUAGAGUAAGGCCCCUUCCAACUCGUAUUCUGCUAUGUUCUGCUUGUAGGACUCAAACAAGAGAGAAUUUGUGGAAGUAGAUGAGAGUGACCUCAGUGACUUUGAGGUAAGUGCAGCCUGUCAAAAACUGUUUAUGAUAAUUUAGAGCCUCUUACGUUUCAUUUGUUCUAAUGGAACGCUGAAACAUACUUUUUGUAUUUUCUCUGGCCUGCCUCCCCUUCCUUUGUGUCAAAUUUAAGUGCUGUGCACACUGAUGGUGAUGUAAAAUCAUGCUGGAAUCUGGAGGUGGGAGAGGAGAAGGCGUGUGAUGAGAUUAUUCCAUUCCUAUCAAGGAAUCCUCCCUGAGCAUAAUACAGUGAUACCUCGGGUUACAUACGCUUCAGGUUACAUACUCUUCAGGUUACAGACUCCGCUAACCCAGAAAUAGUACCUCGGGUUAAGAACUUUACCUCAGGAUGAGAACAGAAAUCGCGUGCCAGUGGCGCAGCGGCAGCAGGAGGCCUCAUUAGCUAAUGUGGUGCUUCAGGUUAAGAACAGUUUCAGGUUAAGAAUGGACCUCCGGAACGAAUUAAGUACUUGACCCGAGGUACCACUGUAGAGAGAAACUGGGUCUUUGGCUUUAAGCCCCAGCAGAGUGCUGCACUGCUCCUGACCAGCAUUUAUUUCAGUAGAACCUAUCCUGUAACCCUCUGCUGGUUCCUCCCAAUAUUUUCUGCUCUACUUAACUUACGUACUUGCUACACACAAUGCACACACCUCCCUCAAAGCAGGGCUGGGAAUCAAAAAGUAUGAUGAGAAUAACUACACAUCAGGCAGAACAAAAAUGCCAGUGGGUUUCUCGUGGGUAGAGUGUCAGACUAGGAGCUGGGAGACCCGGGUUCAAAUCCCCACUUGGCUGUGAAGCUCACUGGGCGGCCUCCCCUUCCUCACAGGGUUGUGUGGAUUGCAGAAGGGGAGAACUAUGUGUGGCACCUUGAGCUCCUUGGAGAAGGUGGGCUAUAAAUGAAAUGCAUAGAUAAUAAAACAAAUAAAAGUUGUAUGUAAUACAUUGACUUAAGCGGUGAGGGAGGGCAGCGAUGCUCAGAACACACCAAGCGGUUUCACACAACUUCUACACCAGGCCUAAUUAUAUAUACUUCUAUCAUGUUUCGUUUUACUCGCAUUUUCUUUUUUUUUUUUUGGAAUAAUAUUUAUUAAAAUUUCAAAAGAAGAAAAAUCACAUUAGUAAGAAAAUUAACAAUAAAAAAGAAAAAUACAAAAUACAAAAAAGAAAAAACAGUUAAAAACAAUUCCAUCUUUUCUUUACUUCUUUUACAUUUACUUGUUUCCCGGACCUCCUCAUACCUCCCUCUUUUGUAUUCCAAUUCAGUAUGUUAAUCCAACAAUUCCUUUCCCUCCUUUUUAAUCCUAAUCUUUAAUCUUGAUAAAUUAUAACAUUAAAUUUUUACAUAUUAAAAACCAAUUUUUCCAUAUUUUUUUAUACCAUUACCGCUAGAAACUGCUUAACUUCAAUCCGUCAUCAUUCUAACAUUCAUUAAUUUUACAAUAUUUCUGUAAGUAGUCUUUAAAUUUCUUCCAAUCUUCUUCCACCGACUCUUCUCCCUGGUCCGUUUUACUCGCAUUUUCUCUUAAAACCGAUAACCUCCAAAUACUUGCUAAGGGAGUUUGCUAACGCGCCUGUUUUCUCUGCCAAGGAUAUGGAUAAACUGGCAACGAGCAGUGAGGAGGAGGAGGAGGCGGCUACAUCCAGCGAGGAGGAAGAGAAAGGCCAGCGGCCCAAGUCUAAAGGCAAAACUCCCUUGAAGGGGCCAGCAGUCAGGAAAAAACGAGCUUAUGUUGAAAUAGAGUAUGAGCAGGAGACAGAACCGCUGUCUAAAUCGAAAGCAACGUGAUUCCUCCCAGUUUUUGUGUGUGGGGGCAGAUCUGAAAAAUGGACUGAAUGAACUAGCUGGUGGGAUGUUUCUCCGCAAAGGCUGACUCACCGGGAUGCAAGAUCACGCAGGAAAAGUUCCAGCUGCUUGAAGACCUAGUGAGCUGCCAUUCCCAGAUGCCGCAGCGUAUAUUUUUGCAUAUUGACAAUUUAAAACGUCAUCUAUUUUUAAGGCUACCC